AUGGGGAAGGAGCCAAGGGAUCCGCUAAAGGAGCUGCUUCUGAGUGUUGAAGGUAGGUAUUGAAAGUUACAGUAGUUUUAUGAAAAAUGGAGCUUUUGGGUGGACCACAGUAUAUAUGUGCAGUCAAAACUCUGCAUAAGGGAUUUUAUGGAACAAAAAAUCCUUAUUAUAUCAGUCUGUCGGGAAAAUAAUGAGCGGCAGAGCGUGUUGCCGCCGAGGAAAUGAAUUGUGUAUCAAAUACCUUUCACUUCAGCGACACGAUCGUCGCACCAACAAUAUGCUUAUUAUUUUCCCGACAGACUGAUAAUGGCAUUCCCCUGAAAUCCUGUGAUAUUAUAGAAAGGCUUUAUAAAAAUUAAUUCCAGGGCCCCCAAAGUUGUUUGUUAUAUACAGUUUUUGUCUUAUGGAAGUUCGUUGUCCUAAAAAUCCUCAUAUAUAUUAUGUGUUUGCCCUUUAAAACUUCGAAAAAUCCGUUUUUGCGCAUUUUCCUUUAAGCUCCCGAAAAAACAGUUUGUUGAGCCGUCGGCUGAGCAAUCCAAAACGGUUUUGAUCAUGCUGUUUGUAGGUUCAUGGUCGAGAGAGGGAUAUCUCGCCUUCUUGUUGGGUUUGUUUCAAAAAAGGGAUAACGGGAAGCAAGAGUUUCGAAAUUCGCGUGAAACUAGGAACAAAACUCCUCUGAGAUCAACAUGCCAGCCUGUCCGGAAAAUAAUGUGGAUUUGUCGUAGCAGCUGUCUCGUCUCAUCAAAAUUGCAGCCCAGGCUAGUCGUCGCAAAGCGAUGACAGGCGAUCCAAAGGGACGAGGAAUCCACAUUAUUUUCCCGACAGAGUGAUAAUCAGCACACUAAUACUCUAAUCGCGUCGCUAGAGUGAAAAAAAUUUGUUUUUGUCGCGACACAAUUCAUUUUCUCGGCCGCGAUGCCAUUUUUGAUGCGAUAUUGACCUUAUUAUUUUCCCGACAUACUGAUCUAUGUAUAUAAAUCUAUAUGUAUAUAUAAAAAAAUUUAUAUGUACAUGUACAACAUACCAGAUAACAGGUGCUUUUUUUAAUGAUGACUCAAUAAGGCUUUUCGCAAAUUUCCAAAUGAUGUUAUUGUCUGCUCUUGAAAAUGAAGGUGGUCUUAAAAGUGUUUUGAUAAGCGCUUUUUGUCUGAAGGAAUCAAAAGCUCUACCUAUUAUAGAUGGCAUUUUAUGAGGCGACAAGUUAGAGGUCUAUAAUGAGGCGACAAGCCAAAGGUCUAUAAAUUCCUAAAAGCAUUCGCUUUUAUUAGAGGCAGCCAGUUUAUCGUUUGUUUUCAACAACAAAACUGCACAAAGUAAGGAGGACAAUGAGAAACAAAUCCGUUUUCUGGGUACACAUAGCGUACCGGUAGCGUUUGCGAAGCGCUAGCUAGCCUCAGAAAAACUUAAUCUAAAUUUAUGCAUAAUUUUAGCUCAUCUAAAAUUACAAGUUACGCUUUCAACAUUUUUGCAUUUUACAGAAAUAUAUGUCCCCUAGUUUUCUUCUGGAAACAUGUUGAGAUGAAGCUAACAUUACUGCAGUUUCAGAAAAACCACAUUCGGAUCGAAAUGUUUGAUUCCGACAGAAGAUACACUCGAUUUAGGUUAACAAACGGUUGAAAUUUAAAAUUCAAUUUCCAAAAGUCGAUAACAUAUCUUGUAGUGGUCCAAUUUGGACAGUUCUUGGAUGUGACUGUAGUAUGAGUCCUAUACUUUAACUUUAGUGUAGUUUUUAAUUUACCGCUCGUUAGAAAAAAUUAUAAACACUAUGUUAACUAAGGGUACUUUUGUAGGACAUUUUUUGUCAUAGGUCCCAAAUAAAGAAAGCUUCGAUGGGCUGGACCACUGUUAUAUUACUGUAGUACUCACUAGUAUGCUGUCGAUCAUUUCCGACUUGUCCGGAAAGGGUUAAGUUAUCCUUCAAAAAUUUUUAAUCUUUUCCCUAUAAAAUUUUUAACCCCUACUCUACGGUUUCUAUACAUACGAUUAGUAUAAAUAAAUUGAAACCAAAGUUGAAAUUCCUGCACUUUGUCUUACAUAAAAGUUCAACCUUUUUUUCUUUGCGGCUUAACACAUCACUUUUCCUUUUUUUAAAUCAUCGAAAAAUGCAAAAUCGAGUCUCCACCCUCCACAAAAAAAACGCAAACCACCAAAAAAACAAAUUCCGCCCCACAAACAAUCGCUGCGGAUAUUUGUCAGGGCUGUUACCAGUUUAUAAAUAAUUAAUGUCGCAAUGAUUCUCCGGCCUUCCUCCCAACGCUACGUGCUUCUAGAUGGCGACGCGGAGAUCACGCAUUUGCCGGAGCAGGGCCAAACCCGGCUGGCCAUCGUGCUGUUCACGGUGCUGUUGUUCGCGUCCGGCCUAACGUACUUCCUGCUCACACUGCCGGCGGAGGUGCGUGUUCAUCGAGUUGUGUUGACGGAGCGACUGAAUGAGAGUCCGUAUUUUAAGCGGCCAUUUGGGACGAACGAUUUGAAAUGUGAUUGGGUCAUGGAUGGGAAGCACAAGGAAUACGUGGAGAAGUUGGCCAAAAAUAGGUCGGUGAUUUUAAGAGUUUAAUUUUUUGAGUAUAAUGGGCCUUGUAAUAUGGCCUCAAAAGGCUUGAAACUUUAUCUUUUAUAAAGGAAUUUUGCUAUACGAAGAUUUAUUUUUUCCCAAAAGAGGAAGUGCCCUAAGUGCGACACUUACGAGUUCUAUCCUAUGUGAUGUAAUGUUUAUCGAAAUUUUCAAGCUAUGCCAUCGAAAUAUUUUUUUAAAUUUUGUAUUUUUGUCUUCUCUCUGAUCUGUGUACUACAUAAUAUUUACUAGCCAAAUUUUUCCAAGUCACAAGUUCCAUCUCUAUCAAUCUUUCUUUAUCUUUCCCACAUUUAGGCGUUUUCUUGACCCCACUCAUUAAAAAACAUUCCUUUACACCCACCUCGUUAGAUCUUAAUGAAACUUGGCCCAAAUUAAGAUCAGUUUUUUAUAACCAGGGAAGUACCCCAAGUGCGACCAUCAGAUUUUCUUUAAAUUCUGUCCACAUGUCGGUCAUGAACUAGGUAUCAAUUCCUAAAAGUUUUAGCUCGCUCUUUGCAAACGCCGCCGAGAUAGUGAAUGAUCUUUGUGAUCGAGAGAGUACGCUAAACGCGGAGAGCGGUCAGAGAGAGAAGCACUUUUUGGCCAUAACUUUACUAGUUUUGAGCGGAAAAAAUUGGCUUUUUGUGGAAACAUUACCCUCUAUGGUAGAAAUAAGCAUGAAACUUUUCGUGCCGAAACUCGGCAAAGAGUCUUAAAACACGAUUUCUGACUCGGUGAAUAAGCCGUGGACAUAGGAAAUUUUCGAUUUUGAGAUUUACAGCUGGAUAUGACCGCACCCAUCAUAUAAGUGUGUCCCUGAAGCCUUUUGCCCUAAUUCUCCCGUUAACCUAGUUUUAUUUACAAUUUAAGCAAUUUACAGUAACGUCAAAUAACUCAAAAUUGAGAAGAUACAGAGCCGUAAAACUGUUACCAUGUAUGUUUUUGGGCACUGGGAAUCCAACGGAGGUGAUUUUGGGUCGAAAGGAUUACUGUAACAUAGCAAACUUGCGCUCCGGCCGCAUAAAAUCGGCCGUAAAAAAGUUGUUUCUGAAAACCCACAGCUGAAUUUUUGAUAUGUUGAUCAGCAUAAAAUUCUGCCCUAGAAACAUUGAAAAAAAGUCCAAAAAUGCGGGGGGCUAUUUUCGUGGUAUAGUGGAUUUUGACAAAAUCUACCAAUCUGACGGCCCGAGUUCGAGUCCGGGUGGACGCAAAUCGCUUAGAAUUGGUCGGGAAUGACUUUAAAGGCGCGGAUAUAGAAGAUUGAGUUUAUUUCAGGUAAUUUUGAUAACAAUCUGGCAGUUUUCACAUUUUUUGGUGGAAAAAAAGGCAAAAAUACAACUUUUUGACAAAUCGUAUUUUACACGGCUGUUUUGCGUUCAUGACAGAAUAAGAACUUAUAUUUAAUCGUUUGAAGGGUUUUUCGGCAAUUAAACCGGUCAAAAAAAAUUUUUUUAAUAUUGUACUUGACAUCUGAUAAGCAAGCAGUGCAUGGACCUUCCAGGUUGUAAUUUUUUUCGCUCUGACUUGACAAAUUGUCUGCAAAGGUUAUAACUGGCAUAAAAUUUAAAUUAUUUGACGGGUAACCACAAGAAAUCUUGUUUGAAAAUGGAAUUUUCUACGCAUUUCAUCGAUUUUUCUAUAAAGCGAAAUCACUUCGAUGAUGAACCAUUUUCUGAAAAACAUGUGAAAUAUGGUCGUAAAACAGUGAAUUACGUUGUCAUUAGCCAAAUUUCGUUACUACAGAUGCCUGAAAGAGGCAAAAUUAACAGGUACCUAGUGUAAUAUCUAAAUACUCAGAAAAUGGUUUCUACUUGUUGGAAACACCUUAAAAACACUACAUAUAAGUUCUUAUUCUGUCAUGAACGCAAAACAGCCGUAUAAAAUACGAUUUGUCAAAAAGUUGUAUUUUCGCCUUUUUUUCCACCAAAAAAUGUGAAAACUGCCAGAUUGUUAUCAAAAUUACCUGAAAUAAACUCAAUCUUCUAUAUCCGCGCCUUUAAAGUCAUUCCCGACCUAUUAUAAGCGAUUUGCGUCCACCCGGACUCGAACUCGGGCCGUCAGAUUGGUAGAUUUUGUCAAAAUCCACUAUACCACGAAAAUAGCCCCCCGCAUUUUUGGACUUUUUUUUAACGUUUCUAGGGCAGAAUUUUAUGCUGAUCAACAUAUCAAAAAUUCAGCUGUGGGUUUUCAGAAACAACUUUUUUACGGCCGAUUUUAUGCGGCCGAAGCGCAAGUUUGCUAUGUUACAGUAAUCCUUUCGACCCAAAAUCACCUCCGUUGGAUUCCCAGUGCCCAAAAACAUACAUGGUAACAGUUUUACGGCUCUGUAUCUUCUCAAUUUUGAGUUAUUUGACGUUACUGUAAAUUGCUUAAGUUGUAAAUAAAACUAGGUUAACGGGAGAAUUAGGGCAGAAGGCUUCAGGGACACACUUAUAUGAUGGGUGCGGUCAUAUCCAGCUGUAAAUCUCAAAAUCGAAAAUUUCCUAUGUCCCGGCCUUGCACACGGCUGAUCCAGUGAGUCAGAAAUCGUGUUUUAAAUUUUGGCCGACUUUCGAUCAAAAAAUCUCGGUUGUUUCUGCAAAGCGCGAGCUAGGAUUCUCGCAUAUAUUUUAGAAAAAAUGAUGCUAAAUUUGUGCCAAUUGUCAUCAAAAUCUGAGAGUCGCACUUGAGGUACUUAAAAAUUGACAAGAAUGUUCAUGCCUAUGUUCGGCUUUCAGCCUUUUCUAGGCUCCACUAUUCCCCUUCACCUGACAUUUCAGAUACCGAAUAGAAGACCCCGACAACUUUGAUGACCUUCCCGGUGACUGUGCCUCCAUCCGAUCUCGCCACAGAUUCCCUUCCUCACCCACAACCCCCGAUGAAGCCGAUUUCCCUGUUGCGAUCGCUAGAAAUGUCUUCAAAGACUAUUACUACAUGGAACUCAUGCUGGCCGCCACUUAUCAGCCUCAAAACUAUUACUGCUACGCCAUCGACAAAUCGGCGGACCAUUUGUUUCGAGCGCGAAUAAAAGCGUUGGCGAAAUGCUUCCCGAACGUGAUGGUGGCGCAGGAGUUUCGGGAGAUGGACAGCGCCGGCCAUAGAAUGGACUUGGCCCACAUAGAUUGCCUGAAGAUGUUGACUACUCCGGAGAAGAAAUGGAAAUACGUCAUGCUGUUGCAGGUGGGUGGAAGGGAAUGUUUUUUUAAUGCGCGGGGUCCAGAAAACGCCUAAAGUGUGGGACCUGAUCCAGUGGCAAAAAACGUAGCAUUUUGCAUCCAGGAAGCAUAAAAAAAUGUGGCAAAAUACCUCCCUUUCCAAGUGAAAAAACUCAGAUUUGAAAAGCGCGCCCGCUCUUUUUGUGAGGGAGCCCUUCAACACAAAGCUUUUUCACUUGAAGAGGAAAGCAUUUUGCCACAUUUUUGAUACUUCCCGGAUGCAAAAUGGUACGUUUUUUGGCACUGGAGCAGGUCCGCCCACUGUAUAUGUGGGAAAGAUUGAUAGAGAUGGAACCUGUGACUUGGAAAAGUUUGUGCUAGCAAAUAUUAUGCUCACAGACCAGAGAGAAAACAAACAAUAUGUAAAAAUUAAAAAAAAAAGAUUUCGAUGGCAUAGCUUGAAAAUGACAAUAAACAUUGCAUCACAUAGGAUAAAACGGACAAGCGAAUACUCCAAGAUGCUAGAUUCUUAGUUCGAGCUUUCCGAAAACGGGAAGGGUAUAAGAGUUUUCAAGAAUAGAUAGGUGGCCUGCGUACAGAGUGUGCGCAAAAUUUUAAUAAAAUCCGAGCGUCGCACUUGGGGUACUUCCUUUGUAGAAAGAGAGUUUUAUUUGAGUUGGCAACGCCAUAGAUGAUACGGUCUUUUUGGCCGACCGCCUCUACAGGGUGGGCCAAAAAAUGGACAAAACUAAAAGCCGGUGUAUCCCGGCACGAAUACCGUAAUCAAUGGAAAGAAAAAUAGUUUUAUAAUUGUCAACUGUCCUGCUUUACCACAACCGUUUAAUUUUUUUAUAUACCUUUGCUGAACGGCUGAUACGAGCCAAAAUUCUAGGCCAGCCCAUUCAUUUUUCAUAAUAUCUCGUCUGCGAAAACCUUGAAUGCCUCCGGCGCAAUGAAGAGCUGAAAUUCUUGCAAAUGGAUGUGUGGCCUUUCUGUAAACUGUCUAGACAAAAUUCCAGCGGUAUUAUACUAUUAUGUUACUCUUGUAAGAUUCUCUAACAAUCUCAUACACCAUACCUGCAUACCAUCGUAAUAUUAUGUCUAAAUUUCGCAUUUUACGCUUUCAGAACCACGACUUCCCCGCCAAAACCAACUUCGAGAAGGUCGCCAUUUUCAAAUGGCUGAACGGUUCCAACGAUAUCGAGCUAAAUCCGGAGCCUGGAAGGGUGAACAAGAGCUUGGAUUGGAGUCUGACAAAAAUGAAAAUCUUCAAAGAUCGUAGGCUUUAAUUUCCGGAAUGCAUUCAAUAUGUGUUUAGCAAAGAAAUUGGAGAAAAUCAUGACCGCCUGGAAGUCCACUGCGCCUCCGAAGAUAACAUUUGCAAAGGGUUACAAUGAGAUCUCGAUUAGCAGAGAGGCCAUGGAUUACAUGUUCAAUGAACUGGAUCUGACCAAUUUAAUGAAUCAAGUGGAUGAUGGGAAGACUUAUGGGAUCGAUGAGAUCGUUUUUCCAACUCUGUUGUCAAUGGAUUUGCUGGGUAAGAACGGCAUUUUUGAGCCGUUAUUUGGAUGCGAUGCUAGUUUUUUCAGUGAAAAGGAUUAACUUGAUUGUCGGGGAAAGCGUCAUUAUCAGUCUGUCGGGAAAAUAAUGAGCACAAUUUCAUUGCCUCUAUCGCAUCGCUGAAAUGAAGAGAAAAUUGCUUUUGCCGCGACACCAUUCAUUUUCUGAAGCGAUUUUGAAUCCGACAGAGUGCUCAUUAUUUUCCCGACAGACUGAGAGUAUUAUUUUCAUAAAGUUCAUGGACAUUUUCUCUCUUCCGUGCAGUGAAUUCGCGCAAAAUUCACGGAUAUAUGGCCAAAAAAGCGGUUUUCUCUGUGAACACUCCGCAUUUCGCAUGCUCUCUCGUCGGAAGUUUAAUAUCUCGGCUUUCCGUUAAAAGCGUGAGCCAAAAAUUUUACGGUUUGAUAAGCAGCCUAUAUAACGCAUGUAGGCGAAGUUUUAAGGAAAUCGGUCCAAUCUCAUUCGUACAUCUACCAUACUUUAUAAAUAUUUAUCAUCAUUUUCUGGUUGUCAUCAUUUUCUAUUACGAUUUUUCAGGAAUUCCCGGUCACUACACGCAAAAAUGCAUUGACGAGGACGUCAGCAGCGGUUACAUUACCCGACACUCCAACUGGGGCGACCGUGGGACCUGUAGCAGUGGGCAUUUCCGCCAUAGUAUAUGCAUCUACGGGAUUGAGGACCUGGCCACUCAUAUCGAUCCAAUUCCGGCGAUCUAUGUCAACAAAUUGAUGCCCGACUUCGACUUCAAUGCAGUCACUUGUUGGUUGGAGGUGCUCUACAAUCGGACGUUCAUCGAGAAGCCGACGUUGGCGCGGCUGGGACGGGAGUAUUAUGCGAACUUGAAACAUGUAAGGACCGAUUUUUUGUUGGAAAAAAAAAUUUUGCCAUCACACCGUGAUUUUUCAAAAAUUUUUUACGAUUUGGAAAAUUUUGACGUGUUUAGGCUGAUUUUUUGAUUUUCAAAAAAAUACGUCAUGAUGACGGAUUUUAUGAAAAUUUGUCUAGUAUUUUUUUGAAAUGAUGGUCAUGAUGACAGGUGUUACGUGAUUUUGUAAAAACAAUUACAUUUUUUGAAAAAGGCAUGUCAUGAUGACACAUUUUUUGGAAAUGUCAUUUCGUAAGCUUUCUUUGAAAUCUUUCGCCAUGACCUCAAAAUAUUCUUCUGGCACAUAAUAAGAGCUAAAAAAAUUUUUACACUUAAAAGAUGUCAUCCUGACACAUUUUUCAGAAAUUUUGCAGUCAUGACAGAUUUUCCGACUUUUUUUGCCACUGCAAAAUUCUAUGUAAUAUUAUGAUCUCAUCUGCUUUCAGGUUCGAUAUCAGGCUCUAAAAGACGAACACGGCGAAGUUUCGGAGGAGAAACGAAAAAACUUCAAAUGUAAAUAG